UUUCAUUAAACAGGCUUCUGCGUGUACAUCUUGACACUAAGGAGCCUUGUCGUCCAUACAUGAUAUCGAAUGUAUGAGGGAUGUAGUUAGUGUGUGACCACGGCUCCAGACGCAGACCAGCGCAAAAUGAGCGCGCGUAAGUACUUGUCCUCGUUUACCGUCUUUUUUCCUGAAGGGAAAGUAGCAGAAGCCCGAGAGCAAGAACGAAAGUAGAAAUACGAGCAGUAACAACCUCAGAAUAUGAACCUCCUGCAGUUCGCUCUCCGAGCAGCGAUGGCGCUGGCCUUGAGCUGCCAGGGUGUCAGCGCUGCCCCGUUCAAAUAUGAUUUGAGCAACGCGCAAAACAUGGAAAACUUUAACGCAGCCGUCGCUGGGUGGGUAUAAUCGACGUUGUUCUUGCAUUAUUCUGUUUGACGAGUGCAAAGAGUCACGAAUUUGGAUCGACAAAGAUCCCUCUUCCAUUGUGUUUCUGAUUCUGUGCUAUAAGCCUUCCAUUCGUUUUUCUUCAUACAUUCCAAGCAGCAUACAGUUUGGCAAAAAACACAAAACGGACGCAUAUGAGUAUCCAUCAAACAACAAACUUACAGCAAAAGUCCAUGAAGGAGAGUAUGGCGGCGGACCUGAAAGCACUAAAGAACAGCGGGAAGGACGGUGAGGCGCAGGUGAAAUCUCUGCUCGACAAGUAUUAUCAGACCGUUCUAAACGACGUGCUUUUUUCUUCGUGAAAAAUGUAGUUGCGUGAGACUUAGUCUUGUGGAUUUUUUCAGUUUCAGUCUUUUGUGCGAAGAAAAACAAACCAGAAUGAUCAAGUUUCGCUUUCGUAGGCUGCCUUCGUGUAGUACUUAUUCUUUCCGUCCAGGAGAUGCAGAGACAAGGAUUAUAUCAUGAUGUGCAAAGGAAAAAGGAGGCACAGUACGAAGAACGCUUUGGAUGAUAGACAACAAGCAUAGCAAAGCCAAGCUACAUCUUGAUCUUCUAGAGGGAUCGAGAUUUUGUUUCAGCGAUGUCAAAGCUCAUUUUUUUUGUGAAUAUGUGAUGAAGUUUUUGAGUCCGUCGCACUCUAUCAUUGUAUUC